AUGUUCUCCGUUGCUGCCUUCGUUUCUCUCCUUGCCCUUGCUGGCUCUUCGUUCGCUCAGGAGGGCGGCUCUUCAUCGUCUGUGGCCCAGCUUGUUGCCAACCUCCGCGAGGCACCCACCGAGGUCGACCGUUUCGCUCUCAUUGAGGAUGAUCAGUUCCUCUUCGACUUCGUGAACCCCAAUGGCACGGUUGGUGUUACCAACGGAGCCGGUGGCCGCACCGUCGCCGCUACCUCGGCCAACUUCCCCGCCGUUGUUGGCAACGGUGUCUCCAUGACCAUCGGUUUCCUCGGUCCCUGCGGCAUGAACUCGCCCCACACCCACCCCCGCGCUACCGAGAUCAACUUCUCCAUCAACACCACGCUUCGCGGCGGUGUGUUGGUUGAGAACGGUGCGCGCUUCGCCGAGAUCGACAUCCGCCCCGGUACCGCGACGGUCUUCCCGCAGGGUGCCAUCCACUUCGAGAUGAACCCGAGCUGUGAAGAGGCCAUGUUCGUCGCCGGCUUCAACGGCGAGGACCCUGGUGUCCAGCAGGUCGCUCAACGCUUCUUCGGUCUUCCUCCGGACAUCGUUGGCGCCGCCCUCGGUGGUCUCGGCGUCCAGGAGGUUGCCGAUCUCGAGCAGUACAUCCCCGACAACGUCAUUCUCGGUGUCGAUGAGUGCCUGAAGCGCUGCGGCAUCGAGCGCACUGCCCAGACCAACGCCCAGCGCCAGCCGCGCGUGUCCGCCAACGCGUUCCCCUCGUCCGUUGUGCCAUCGAACGUCUACAGCCUCGCCGGUGUCGCAUCAGCAACCGCCGCUCCCGAGAGGUCUGCUGCUGCUUCGACCGCAUCGGCACCCCGUGCUUCCGGCUCCGCUCGCUCGGGCUGGCGCGGGGAGGGCAACACCACCAAGAACAGCAACGACCGCCGCUUCGCCCUCAUUGAGGAGCGUGCCCCGGAGUUCACCCAGAUCUCGCUCCGGUAA